AUGGGGCAUGUCCCACACAUCAAGGUCGAUGUGCAGAGAUCAGUUGACAUGACAUAUCAGGAGAAGUUCUGCACUUGUUCACAAGCAGAACUGCGCGCGAUGCCAGAUGGUGUUCUGGACAAGGUGAAAUCAUUUUUCGCCGCGUUGACCAUGGAUGAUGCCUGGACGCCCGUGCGAGAUGAAGAUGGCGAGAUCAUCUACGGCGUGCUGGCAUCGGGCAUGAACAACUUGAACCUGUCCUGGUGGCCGCAUCUGUUUGCUCGAUGA